AUGGAUUAUGUAUCAAAAUGGGUGGAAGCUAAAGCCACUAAAACUGAUGACUCUCAAGCUGCUGUAGGUUUUAUUAAGGCUAACAUCUUUAAUAGGUUUGGGAUUCCAAGAGCAAUUGUCAGUGAUCAAGGAACUCAUUUUUUCAAUAGAUCGGUUGCAGCUAUGGUGAAGAAGUAUGGAGUGAAUCACAGAGUAGCCACCGCAUAUCAUCCUCAAAGCAAUGGAGAAGCUGAAGUUUCCAAUAGAGAAGUUAAAUCCAUCUUGGAGAAAACGGAAGAAUUAAAUUCUGUGAAAGGCCUUGAACCUGCUUCUAGAAGUUCCAAAGAGUAUGAGGAGACUCAUAAAUCCCAUCUCUACUGGAAGAGGUUCUGGUACACUCUUACUAUUAUUAUGAAUAGUUUGUGGUAUGAAUUGGAUUGA